AUGACCCGCGCUCUCAGUCUUCCCUCCCGAUCGCGCUCACCGCGAAACCCUCGCUCUAACCACUCUGGCGGGAGUUAUGCCCAUACGAGCAACAUCACUAUUCCUCGUCUCUCUCCCUCCCUGUCUCCACUCCCGCUCGAGCCGCCCGCGCUUGUACAGGCCACCUUCCAUCAUAGCGCGAGCUCCAUCCUAAUACCGGAGCCACCGGACACACCGCCUCCAUUAGCGCCGGCAUGCGUGGUGAUUACAGUCGCAGCAUCGUCAAGGAGUAUAUCCAGUCAGUCUUCAAGUGCGAGCGUGCCUUCGCAUAUCAUCUACCAUCCACCGGCGAUUGCGGAUGCGUAUCCACAGUUCAAUGACCAGGACAGCCACAAUAGCCCAACGCUGAGUCCGUCACAAUCGCCUGAGAUUGUGUAUCCUCCCUCGGGUUAUUCCCCGCCCCAGGAUGUAUACCCCUCCCGUCAUCCCGAUCCGCGAGCAUACGGGGGACAUUUGCACCCUGGGCCACUCGCAACGCCAAAUGGGCUGUCUCACAGCGAACCUCCUUCACCGCUGUCGAGCGCAGAAGGCCAUCAAGUAGCUCGUGGGUUUACUGGAGAUAGAUAUCCAUACCUAUUCGAGCCUGAUCUGCAAUAUCCGGGGACGCCGUCCGACGUGCACUCGCCAAAUGCUCCUCAACUGAGAUGUGGUGUGCAAUGCCAGCCGGGUACUGGCUCCUCACUGCAGCAGCUUACUCCGCCGACGUACAAGCCACCAAUGGCGUCGCUGACGUACAGGCCACCGUCGCACGGCACGCCAGUCCAAACUCAGCCGGCAGCGAGGCACAGCCACGAGGCUGCACCUGCAUAUGUUUCACAUGCUCAUCUAUCGAUCUAUCCGACAGAAAGCAUGCACGUGGUGCACCGAAGCAGUACCGACGGGAACACGGCAAAUACUCAUAUGUCCGCGCCCCCUUCGCACAACGGCAGCCAGGUUCCGAGUCCAGUGCAGGAGAGUCCUCGCGACGCCUGUGGAGUGCCGGCUGUCGCUCCGAUAAGUCAGCCUUUCGAUGAUGGCUACAGGUCGUACGCCUAUCUGAAGCCGGACCUCCCUCAAAGUCAGCUCCCCACUCCAACCGACAGUGCUCCGACGAUAUCCGAGUUCCCAUACCGACAGGAGGAUGAACGUUAUCCUGCUUAUGCGCGUGGUUCAUCCACGUUCUCGACUUUGACAUACUCUGCUGACCAGCUAGCCGCCAGCAGGUGCUCGCCGCCGGCCGCGACGCUUGUGCUGACCACGACCACAAUGCCUGCUCAGAGGCCGACGCAGCUCAGGGUCGAUGUGCACACUGCGAACGCACGAUUGCACUCGCAUAUGAGCAGUGCCGCGUCUAGCGGCAACAGCGUGCCCAUAGGAGCGUACUCUAGCCAUCAGACCCCGCAGCCGCAGCCUGAAACUGUUUCACCGCAGGCGCACAUGCGAGAUAUGGUGGUUGCCAGUGCCUCUCAGCAGGCUGUGUCCGAAUCUCCACACGACAAGGCUGGAGUGAACCCGCCUCUUCACCAGCCCCGUCCGCAGCAUGCGAUGCUUGGAUAUGGACAACGUCAGUACGCCGGUGGGUAUUCGUUCUGGUCUCAAGGAGCUGUUACUGGCGGGUGGAGGGCGGAGGGCGGCUUGGUGCCAUGA